GGAGUGGUGAUUGGAAUUACAUUUGAAGUUAUGUUAUGUGUUAGACUAAUUGAAUGCUGAUAUAGUGGUGAUUGGGACAACAUUUGAAAAGGAAAACUCGUUUUUAAUCCCUCACAACAACAGUUAGGAGGAAAAUGAAACCUAACCGCCCGUAACUAACCCCCAAAUCCGGAAAUGUUGUGUGUUGUGUCGGGUCUUGGUAGUCCUUGUGCCGAUCCUGCCUUUACUCAAUCCCAACCUAUCAGGCCAUUAACUUAACGAAUGGUAAACUGGCUGUUUAUACAACUGCCAAUCUGCCUUAAUCAAUUCACCAAAUUGCACGAUCGCCAUUUUUGAUUUUUUGAGCAUUAUUACAGCAUUGAAAGAAACCAAAUCUCAUCUUCACAAUUUCUUCCUUAUUAUUCCUAAAAAUUACUGCAAUUCCGAAGCUUACAACAAUGGCUUCUAAGACUCUAACCAACCAAUUUCUCUCCAGAUAUUCCUCUUCUUCUUCAUUGGUGACCGCCAUAACCAAAACCCUUCAAACCGUCAAACCCAAUUUCCCCUUUAUCCGUAAAAAUGGACCUCUAAACAUCCCAAAUCUUUCCCAAUUUUCCCCCUAUUUAAACCCUAAUUUAGUCGUCCAAGUAAUCAACAAUCAAUCAAACCCUUAUCAUGCUCUCGUCUUCUUCGACUGGGCUUCUCGCCCAAAUCCAAACCCCACUAAAUACUCUCACAACUUUCAUUGUUAUGUCGCAAUGGUUGAUCUUCUUCUAUCUCAUCGUCUCUUUUCUGGUGCUACCCAGUUUCUGGAAUCCCACAAAAUGCUCUGCGAUUUCAUGAUUGCGAAGAUGAUCAGAGCUUUUGGUGUUGAGAGCAAUCUUCGAGGCGCCAUUGAUUGGUUUUAUCGAGCUAAAAUGGUGGAAAAGGAUGGUAAUUGUAUAAAAUCAUUUAAUAAUUUGUUGGGUGUUUUGGUUAAAGCUAAUCGGGUUAAAAUGGCUGCCGCCAUUUUUGAUCAGGUUAUUGCUGAGGGUGUGAUUAAGGUUGAUGUUAUUACUUACACGACUAUGAUUCGAGGGUAUUGUAAAAUUGGAAGAAUUGAGGAUGCUCAUAAGGUGUUUGAUGAAAUGCCUUGUAGACCGAAUAAUGUUGCUUUUGGGACUAUGUUAAGUGGGUUUUGUAAGAAGGGUAUGAUGGUUGAGGCGAGACAAAUUGUUGAUAAGAUGCUUAUGAGUCAGGAUUGUUUGCCGAAUGUGGUUUCUUAUACUACAUUGAUUGAUGGGUAUUGUAAGAAGGGUGAGAUGGAGGCAGCGAUGUCGUGUUUAGAUGAGAUGGUUAAGCUAGAUAUUGCGCCGAAUUUGAUCACUUAUAACGCGAUUGUUAAUGGGUUUUGUUUGCUUGGUAAGGUUGAUGAGGCUAAGAAAAUGAUGACUAAGAUGAGGUUGGAUGGUGUAAAGGAUGAUGUUGUCACGCAUACGAGUUUGCUUAAGGGGUUUUGUGUUGCUGGGAGAAUAGAUGAGGCUGUUAAACAUUUGAAGGAUAUGAGUUCCUUAGGUGUAAAACCUGAUGUUGUAGCAUAUGGGGCACUUGUGAAUGAGUAUUGUAAGCUGGGAAAAGCAAAUGACGGGAUUGCUCUAUUGAGGGAGAUGGUAGCUAGAGGUACUUGUCCGAGUGUUAGUAGUUUCAAUGCUGUCUUACAAGUUCUUGUAAAUAGAGGAGAACUCAAUGAAGCUGUACUUUUCUUGAAAUGGAUGCCUGAAAUUGGUCUUGUUCCCAACUUCCUGUCGUAUUAUACUGUUAUAUCUAGUCUAAGUAAAACGGGGAGUAGUGUUCAACUAGUUGGGGAACUUGUAGAUUGUAUGCUUCGAGAUGGUCAUCAGCUUGAUCAUAAGACAUACAGUUGCUUAAUAACUAUGUACUGUAAGACUGGUGAAUUGGAGAAAGCAGCUCAAAUUCUUAGUGAUGCUAUGAGGGACGGAAAUGUGAUUAAUCUUGACACUUUUGCUGUGUUUGUGGAGGGAUACUUUUUAAAGGGAAAUAGCUCUGAAGCUGAGCAAGUUGCCCUAGAGUUGAUCAAAAGAUCUCCGGCCAAUGUGACAGAUGAUUAUCAAACAGUCUUAAACGAGCUGAAAUGUAAAUACUUAGAUGCACCCAGUCUGUAACAUUGUUUUGGGCUCAAACUGACUCAUGAUCACUUUGCUCGUGCCUACAUAGGCAAGGAGAGUAAGAACUGUGCCGACUGUCUGCUAUUGUUCGACUGUGCUAUAACUUCUUGUUGGAUGGUUGAGAAAUACUAAUGCCCUUAGCCGAUUUUGCUUGAAUGGAAUGCAAUUGCAGGGGUAGAGUAAAUUUCUGUUCAAGACUAAAGAGCAUACGAAAGGAAAGGCUGGGAGAAGAAAGUAGCAGUUGAGCAGAUAAAGUCAUUGUUGUUUCAUCAGUUCUCAAUCAAAAUUUAACUAACACUAUGCUCUAAAGCAGUAGAGUUGAGGAUUUUGCUUUCUAACAUUUCAUCAUUUGUUUGGACUUCCUAAUAGUUUUAUACAGAGUAUGUGUUACCACUGUGAUACACACUGAUUAUUAAAUACUAAGUACUAGAAUUUGUUUGUGUUUGCACCAGAUACACUUACUGCUAAAAGUGUGCAGCAGACACUGGAUAGAGUGGCACCUAAAAUCGGGUCAAGUUCUAAUUGAAUGAUAUGACUAAGAAUUGCAUUUUUGUUUCAGCUAUUAGCGAUGGACGUUCAUAAUUAGAAAUAGUAUUAAUCAAAAAUCUAUUGGUAAUAGUCUAAUAGUGACAGAUUCUGUAAAUUUCAGGUAGUUUAUAAAGGAUCUCAGUACUUUUGAUGGGUUAUGAAGAUAUCAGUCAAUUUAUAAAUUUCAGAAAGGAUUUAUUCUGCAGUAAGUUGCAGUUUGGGAGCUCUCUCUUAUGAUCCUUCCUUUGUAUUUGGCUAUGGCAAACAGUUAUCAUG